GUCAGCUGUUUUCUCUGUACAGUGUUUGUUGAACUGCAACCAAACCAGCAGAGCCUCUGUAUCCGAAUGAAACCGACUGACUGGACUUUGUUCUGUUCACAUUCUGUGUUUCUUUUACUCCUAAUUUAUCUCUUAUUAACUCAGUGAUGCUAAAGUUAGCUUAGUUCGCGAGCUGCUAACAGACCUGUCAGUGUGUGAUGGAGAUAAACUGUUUCUGACGGAGUUUGUGUGAAGAAAAGGUGAAAAAUGUGUCCAAAAGUACAGAUUCUGAGAUCACUUGUGGAGCAGAGACUAACUGCAGCUGCUGAAGAGAUAUUUGGGCUGUUUGAAAGAACCAUAGCAGAGUACGAGGAGGAACUUUGUCGAACUAAAGAAGAAAACCAGAGACAAAGACAAAUACUGGACUGUGUUUGGAAUCCGAGAGUCCUGUUACACAAAACAGACGUCCAGCAGCUGUCGGUGGUUGAGGAAGCAGUUCCUCCUGAGCAGCAGGAGUGGAAUCCCAUUGUGGACCAGAAGGAACCAGAACCCUCACACAUUAAAGAGGAACAGGAGGAACUGUGGACCAGCCAGGAAGUUAAUAUCACCAACUUCCCAUCCACUCCUGUCCCUAUGAAGAGAGAUAAUGAUUUUGAGAAGAAAGUUAAGUCCUCACAGCUGAAUCAAACACAAACUGAGGAGAACAAAGAGAACAAAGUGGAAGCAAAUAAAGUGGACUGUGGAGGAUCAGAACCAUCCAGCAGCUUCCAUCCACAUAGACAUUUACAAACAAAAACCGAUGAGCAGAAGGAAGACUCUGAGGAAACAGAGGACAGCGAUGAAGACCAGACCCUGAACCACAAACCUGAGUCAAAGCUUCCAACAAACAGCUCAACUCAACAGAUGGAAACAGAAACUGAUGGAGACGAUGGUGGAGGAUCAGAGCCAGACAUUAUCCUGGUCCACACGGAGAGUGUAAAGGGAAGAAGCCUUGACAGUAAGAGUUUACUGGAGGAACAGAUGGACACUCACACAGGACAGAAACUGGUUGGUUCUUAUGAAUGUGAAGCAACAUUUUCUCGGAAGAAAAACACGACACAGGAAACCAACUCACCCAGAGACAUGAUGAUGAAAAAUGGCUGGACUUUAAGUGAUGUGGGAUGUGAAAAGAAAUUACACCAUUGCUCAGUGUGCUCAAAAAGAUUCUGUUGGAAGUCACAUUUAGAAAUCCACAUGAGAAUCCACACUGGAGAGAAGCCAUUUUGUUGUUCAUUUUGUGGAAGCAGAUUCACACAGAAGUCAAGUUUACACAGUCACAUGACAUCCCACACAGGAGAAAAACCAUUCAGUUGUUCACUGUGUCACAAACGUUUUGGACACAGGACUAACUUCAGGAGACACAUGAGGUCGCACACAGGAGAGAAACAUUUUGGAUGUCCAGUUUGUGGUAAAAGAUUUGUAGAUAAGUCGAAGUUGGGAAGUCACAUGAUUAGUCACAGUGAGGAGAAACCUUUCAGCUGCUCAGUUUGUCAGAAAUGUUUUAAAUAUAAAAGGGACGUUACAAGGCAUAUGAAAAUUCAUACACGGGAGAGACAAUGUUUGUAGGCAACACUAUAGUGAUGGGAAUUCUGGCUCUUUUUAGAGAACCGGCUCUUUUGGCUCGGCUCACUAAAAAGCCAACUCCCAAAUGGCUCCUCAGAUUUUUUGGUGCUUAAAUUAAUUUAUUACCAACAGUAAUGUAAAGUGAUGCGCAGUAUGAAUUACUAAUGUUAAAAGAAAUGCACUAUACCAAAUGCUUAUUAUAUAAAUACACCUUUAGUUAUACACUCUUCAGAGUGUUAAAAAAAAUAAAUUAGAACAUGCAAAAUGAAAUGCUUAACUAUUUACAAAUGACCUUUACUAACUUAACUAUUUUAAACUUUUAGCUUUUACAGCAUUGCUGUAGACACUGCAGUAGCAGCAACAGUUGCAGUAGACACACUGGCACCUUCAUUAAUAUCACGUUCACUUCCUUGUGUUUUUUCUUCCAGUUGCACUGAUGGAUGAACAGUUCUCAUGUGCCUGUGCAGGUUGUUUGUGGAGCCAGCUCUAUAUGAGAUUUUUGUCUUGCACACUGUACAUUCUGUCUUAGUUUGGUCAAUGUCAUUGAAAUGUGUCCAGAUUUUGCUGCGUUUCCUGUAGUCACUCAUUUUCUCAACUUUUUUUUACCUUUCCAGUCCAUUUGCAUUGUGCUCCCUGCUCUCUCUUUCUCUCUCGUCUCCCUCCCUCCUGUUCGUCUGCUUGCUGUGUGUGUGUGUGUGUGCGCGUGCGUGCGUGUGUGUGUGUGUGUGUAACUCCACCCCUCUCCCCUCUGCUCAGUGCAGACAGACGACACCACACAUACUGACCAAUCAAAUGUGGCUUGGAGAAAAAAAAAGAGAGAAAGAGAAAAAAAACCAGAGCAGCUCCAAAAUCAGGAGCCGGCUCCUGUCGUUCACGUCAAAGAGCCAGCCUCUCAGAGCCAUUUCGUUCACGACCGAC